CACAUGUUCAACACACAACUCUGAACAUUCAGUACAGCGCGGUCACACAGCUAGGGAGUGCCAUACUCGAACAAUUUCACUUGUCAUUCAUUUUCCGUGCUCAUGCACAUCGGACAUAUCCGUGCUUAGAAGCGUCUUUCAUAGAAGAUUAGCGAGAAUCCAAACGCGCUGGUGUGAAGACCUGUGCUGCGGAUGUUUCCUGCAGUGACUUUUUUGAGAUAGUAUUUGGAACUAUGUCUCGUUCUUAUUGCCGCGGCAGAGUAAAAGACAACAGUGUUACUGUGGCUUGAUUAGUAGUACUGUUGCAAGCUACAUUGUUUCAGUUCAGGAGAAAGUCUACGUAAUCUGUGCACAUUGAUGUAUACCGGGUAUAUUUUUUAAUAUUCUUGGUCAUCAGUAGUUACUUGCUUCAAGAUAUUUUUGCCUCUCGAUUUUUCAACGCACACAGCAUAACAUGGAAUCAACUAAAUUGGGGGGUGUUAUCGCGUACAUUCGCUCCUCUGGCACUUCCCCCUGCCCUGAGGCAUGCUUGAAUGACAGCUCCAGCAGCAGCACUAGUAGUAGUAGUGGCAGCAGCAGCAGCAGCUCCUCGACCUCCCCCCCUCUCUCCACGAUGCCCAGCCGGGGCGGACCCUCUAAGCUCACCCAGUCCCGAGGCCACACCUCUGAGAAGUCGGGGGCGCACCCCUCCACUGGCAAGAGCAGCAUAACCAAGCUGAAUGGCAUGGUUUUACUAUGCAAAGUGUGUGGAGACGUGGCCUCAGGAUUUCACUAUGGAGUUCAUGCCUGUGAAGGCUGCAAGGGCUUCUUCAGAAGGAGUAUUCAGCAGAAUAUUCAGUACAAGAAGUGUCUGAAGACUGAAAGCUGCACCGUUGUGCGCAUCAACCGCAACCGCUGCCAACAGUGCCGGUUCAAGAAGUGCAUGGCAGUUGGCAUGUCAAGAGAUGCUGUCCGAUUUGGCCGCAUCCCCAAGCGGGAAAAGCAACGCAUGCUCCUCGAGAUGCAGAACGCCAUGAACAACAUGAUGACCACCAGCCAGCUGCACCACAUGCUGCAUGGCACCCAGACUGCGCCCUGCCCGACGGAGCCCAUCCCUAUCCCCGUCCCCAACACCUCCAGGCCCUCACCCACCUCCUCCUCUGUGUCUUCCUCAUUAUCAUCAUCAUCAGACCCUUCUUCGCCUCAGAGUGUGUCCGCCGACUCCGAGUCCAACGUUCCCAUGGACACCUCCCUGAGCUCCCCAUCUUCCUGUGCGUCAGACAGCGGCGAGGAGGAUGCCGUCACCGCCGGCAGCAGCGGGAGCUGCACGGUGGUCCAGGAGAACAUGUUCGCAUUUAAGCAGGAGAGGCCGGCCAGGUCGCCCAUCUCCCCCGCCAGAAGCUCCCCCUCGCUGGGGCUGGCCGAACAGCUGAGCCAGAGCAGCAUGGAGGAAUGCCCAGAGUAUGGAAGACAUCGCAAUGACAACAUGACCAACACAUCUCACAGGAGCUACCAUCCUGUUUACACACAGCAACCUCAGAGCUGGUCCUACAGGGAGGAGAGGAGCGGCUACGGCACCAUACAGCAGCUCAACGGCGCCCCUAGUGGUACUUAUGCAGCUAACUCCCAAAGCUCCUACCACUACAGCCACAGCGUGAAGGAGCAAGCGCCAGCGGUGUCUGGCAACCGAGGGCAUCUGGUAUGUCCUAUGAACUCCUCCCCCAUCGUAGACCCAAGCCUGUCCAGUCAUGAAAUCUGGGAGGAAUUUUCCAUGAGUUUCACCCCUGCUGUUAGGGAGGUGGUGGAAUUUUCCAGGCGAAUUCCAGGAUUCCAGGACCUCUCGCAGCACGACCAAGUCAGCCUUCUGAAGGCCGGCACUUUUGAGGUGCUUAUGGUGCGCUUUGCCUCGCUGUUCGAUGUGAACGAACGCACCGUGACUUUCCUGAGCGGCAAGAAGUACAGCCUGGAGUCUUUGCGCUCCAUGGGCGCCGGAGAGCUCCUCAACUCCAUGUUCGAGUUCAGCGAGAAGCUCCUGUCCCUGCGGCUGAGCGAGGAGGAGAUGAGCCACUUCACCGCCGUGGUGCUGGUGUCGGCAGACCGGUCAGGUAUUGAAGACAUGAACUCAGUGGAGGCACUGCAGGACAACCUCAUCCGUGCACUGCGGGGUCUGAUCAUGAAGAACCACGCCAACGAGGCUGCUGUCUUCACCAAGCUGCUCCUCAAACUGCCUGACCUCCGUUCGCUCAACAACUUGCACUCCGAGGCACUCUUGGCCUUUAAGGUCCACCCAUGAACCAGGAAGCACUUCGUCUUCUCAAAUGACCAACAUGGGGGGUUUAAAAUGUCACUGUAGAAUGUAUGUAAAGUUUUUUUAAUUUUUUUGUAUUGCUUUUGGAGUGGAAAGGGUGUAUGGAAAAAAAGGAAGUUAAAAAAAAAAAAAAAAAAAGGAUUGACUGCCAUUAUGUACAUGCACGUAUUUGUGUGAACCCUUUGUGGAUUUUGAAGAUUUGGAGGUAUCACACAGAUUGAAACAGAUGUAUGUAUUGAUGGAUCAUGUCUGGGAUCCUAAGAACCACUGUAUUACUUUGUUGGGUCUAUUGCACUUGUAUUUCUCAAGUGUGUAAAUCAUAACCAUAAGGUAUACUAAUGUAUAUGCUUAUGCCUGCUCAUCUUCCUUGUAGUUUCUUAAACACUACACCUUGAAGAGAAUGAUACAGUUUGCAUAAGGUCCUGUUGCUGCAGAUGCAUGGCUAUCUCUGUAAGAACCUUGAUGUCAAUCUGUCCUUCCGAAAAACAAGACAGUCUAAUUUCUUUCCCUUGAAAUAUUUUAAUUUAAGUUCGCUUGCGAAUCAUGAUAAUAUGUAGUUCUGUUGGUCAGAAUGUAUGGCUAGGUUAGUUCUAGCUAGCAGUCAGAAUGCACAUAUGCAUUGCCUUUUUUUUGUUAUUUCCUGUUUGCUUGUUAUGUUGUAGUAGUACUACUUUUUUUUGCACAAGGUAUUGCUGCGCAGAUCAGAAGCAGCCUUUUCACAGAGCCUAUUUGCUUGGACCUUGUCAUGUGACCAUCGGAGUAUGCGCCUGAAAACAUUGUUUGGGUCUAGAGAUAAUUCCCUCGAAAGUGCAAAAAGCUUUGUCAACAGGAUGAACAGUACUGAGUGUUUGUUACCGCCAUUUGCAAUACAAGAACCAAUGUAUAUUUCAACUUCCUUGUACUUCCAGUAUCCAAACCUCGCCAGGAAAUCAGGUACAGCAUUUCUGUACCUUGCACAGAGGAAAGGCAAAGGGAAAGAGCAAGUGAACGUUUACCAAGAAGAAUGCAGAUGGCCUUAAGGCCUCGUGUCUGCGUGUGGACAUGGGGUGUGCUACUCUUCUGUUGUUCUAUGUUGUUGUUGUUGCUUAUUGUUUUGUUUUCAUUUUUUUUUCUGUGAACAGACCAGUGAGACAUUUUAAAUCCCAUUGCCAGGGAUUAGUGUGCUUUCUGUGUCCGCUGUUCUGGAAUAUUCUAUGCAGAGGAAGCAGCUGGACAAUGUAAUUGGCAGAGGACAGUUCAAAUCUGAUCUACACCAACAUAUGUCCAUAUCUAUUUUGUCUUUAUUCUGGUUUUCUUUGUAAAUGAGUCCAGUAUGUAUAGUUGUGUAUAUCUAUUGCAGAUGUAUCUAUAUAAAUAGCAAAUCAAUAAAUAUAUACAAAUAGUAUAUAA